AUGGAAAAGCGGCAGGUUCGCGUACGGCAGUUCACGCGAGGCCGUGCCGCGGCACACCCGCAGGGUUCCAACCCGCACGGCCCCAGCGCGUCCCCGCCGGGUGUUUCCCCGCCCAAUGUUUCCCCGUCUGGCGCUGCCUCAGGACGUGACCGGAGUGAGGCCGCGACAGACUCGGUCGCGGAAAAGUUGACGACCACGGCGUCAUCGUCGGCGCCGUUGUCGGGAAUCGAACCGUCGACCGAUUGGUGGCGGUUGACGCAUGCUGCGUUGGCGGCUUUAGGUUCUGCGGCGUUGGCCAGUACCCAGCGUGUGGUACACCGGGCCGUAUUCCUCGGGUGGUACGCGGCGGACACACGGCUACUCGGCUCCUGGUUGACGGUGCGCCACUACCUUGUGUGCUGGACGGUGUAUUUUGCCCUCUCCAUCUGUGUGCAGGCGGUGCUGGUUCACGCUCUGAACCGUUUGCUACCGAUUGAUUAUCCUCUCCUCCUAGGUGACGGCGGUCUUGACGCGAUUGCUGUCCUCGCCCGGAAUCGAACUCGUGACCUGCCGGUCGCCACCAACGUCCCGGAAGUGGACGCGGAUCCCGAGGAAGACACGGAUUACUGUCAAUUGCUCACGUUCAUCACCACCUUUUGUUGGAUAGACAGCUCCAUUGCCAUAUGGCUGUUCAAAAGCAGUCCAUACCAAUCCACAUCAUUCGUCACUCUAGGAUUUCAUGACUUUGCCAUUUCGAGCACGGCUAAAUGGUUGUCACUGCGCCUCAACCUUGCUUUUCGUGGUGGUCGUAGUUUUCCGCCACCCAGAUUACUUGCCGCCCUUCAAGUUGUUGGUGCAUUCCUCGUCCUCGGCGCCAUCGCUGUGGCACACUACCGUCGUGCCACCCGUCCCUACAAGACCGGCUCACUCGCCCGCACCUGCCGCCUAGUCGCAGCUCAACACUUCCUCCAACACUUCCUCUGGGACCUCAAACAGCGCCUCUGA